UCAAAUUGUUAGGAGGCUGGCUCAUACUGGGGAAAUGUAGGGAUAAUGGCAUGGCACAGCUUCAAGACAAAAGUCGCUUUCAUACUAAGUAUUUCGUGGCUAAUUGAGAUCAGAGAGAACAGGACCACAAUGUUUGAUACCACAACGGCCUGGCGUGGUGACUCCUACUUGUCCCUGGGAAUUCUGGGAUUUGGCCUGUACGUCCUAUUGGGAAUCACAUCUCUUCCCUCCGUCAGUAACGUUCUCAGCUGGAGGGAGUUCAGCUUCAUACAGUCCAAGCUGGGUCACCUGACUCUGCUGUUGUGUACGGCUCACACCUACCUGUAUGGCUGGAACAAGUUCCUGAGUUCCUCCAUCUACAAGUGGUACACCCCACCGGGCUACAUGCUGUGUCUGGUGCUUCCCUCUGUGGUGCUGCUGCUCAAGCUGCUGCUCAUCACCCCCUGUGUGGACCACACCAUCACCCGCAUACGCCAGGGAUGGGCAGAUCAGAGGAACCCUAAAGACAGCCAACCACUGAUACUGUACAGGACUGACUGA